CUCUUUCUAAUGUUUUCGUCGAUCUCAAGUUACAGAGAUUGAUAAACCCUAAGUACUACUUUCGACCUUAUUAUGAUUAGUCUGGAUCUAAUCGUAUCUAACUACUGCGUCGAAUUGAUCUCGUUAUGAUGAAGAAACCCUAAUCUCGUUGGCACACCUCUCUGCAAAAAUCUGCGACAAUGGUGGCUUUUAGAUUCGUUUAUAUCCCCUUACCCUUCUUCUUCUUCUUCUUCUUCUUCUUCGUCUUCUUCUCCGGAGUCUCUCAAUUACAAGACCAAACUGCGACUAAGAAAUCUGUUCGAAUCCUCUCGAAGAUACUCAUUGGCGAUGACGGCAGAGUCUACGCUUGCUCAGACAACGACUUCUUCUCCUUCGAGUCUAACGGAUCAAUCGCUUGGUCGGUACACAUGAAUUUCAAAUGUAACACCGAUUUUGCCCCGGUUUACUCUGGUUUCAACCAGAUGCUUCUUCUUGCAGAAAAUCGUAUCCUGAGAGUCAUUUUUCCAAGAAACGGAACCAAAUCUGAACCGGAAUUGUUCUUCGAUCCUGGUGAAACGAUUCUCGGUUUCGCGGUUAGCGUAUCGAGUUCUUCCGUGUACAUCACGGUUAAGAAUCACGGUCUCUACGCUUAUAAUAUGUUUCGGCAGCAACUCUGGAUUGCAGAGCCUAAAAUCGAACGAUUCGGGUACCGACUAGGUUGUCGAAAAGAUUUUGAUAAUUGUACAUUCAAUUCUCGACCAGUGAUUGAUUCUUGCGAAGGAAGCAUCUAUAUUUCAAACAAUGAAGGAGAACUCUACUCGUUAUCUCUCCGUGGCACUUACUACCAAUGGAUUCAAGAUUUUAGUCUAGUGGAUCGAUUCUUCACUGUUACACCGGGGAAUAACGGUCUAGUCUACGUCGUUUUUCCUAUCAAAUCACUCGUUUUCGCAUUAGAUUCGUUUUCCGGCGACAUUCUAUGGCAAAAAACCAUUGGUCCAUUGGCAGAAACUUCUGCUUCAGACCCUGUCAUAGACUCAAACAGUUGGGCAUCGAUUGGUUCACUAGAUGGGACAUUGUACUCGUUCUCAAGAACAGGGGACCUUUAUAAGAUACCUAAAAAUGCAGAAACAGAUUCAGUGAUCCAAAUAGAGCCAUUACUCGAUUGUUCGGGCUAUGCGGUUUAUGUUUCUCAGACUAAAUUCGAAGGAAUGAUCGAUCGUGUCAUUGAGGAUUACACUUAUGUGUCGGCCAAGAAACCAGAAACAGCGGUGUUUUCACUUGUAGUCCCAGAGACAAGAUCUAUCUACUGGUCUCAGAGUUAUUCUGAUCAAAUUCCGGGUUUGUUAUUAGACGAAGAUCUACAACAUUUUGUGUUGGACGAGAGGAUUGCUCUUGCGUUUGUUGCAGCCUCUAGUUCUGGAAAUCCAUUUCGAUGUCGUUCUAAACACGAAAAGCUGUCAUCUAGUUGUUCAUUUGCAGAACCAGAGCAUCUUGAUAUCUACAUUGGGAACGAAAGAGCGAUCAUUUGGUUUUUACUGUUCGAGUUUGUGAUUAUGGUCCUCUUUGCGGCUCUUGUGAGGUUCUGUUUUAUAUUCUGGAAGAAAAAGAAGCUUCAAGAUCGUCCCUUCAGUACUUUCUUGGACAAGCGACGUUUGCUACACAGGAAGAGUAGAGAAAUUGAUAAAACGAUAACGAGACUUCAAAACGAAUCAACGGCCAAUGAAUCCGCGGUUGAUAAAAUCGGUGAUUUGAUUCAAAAGAGGGAAAACGUGAAAAGGAAACUCUCGUCGACCUAUAGUCUUGGGAGAGACAUAGAUGAGUCCAAGUCUAAGUUAAAAGAUUAUGUUCUUCCCUUGUACGGAGGAAGUUCUAGAAGCUUCUCUUACCGAAAUAGGGAAAAUGAGAGUAUUACGAUUUUUCAAACACCAAGCGAUGAGUCAUCCUCAGAAGAGAGCUAUAGGGACGAACAUUAUGAUGAUGUAGCUGAUGAUGAACAUGAUGAAGAUGACUUGGACCGUAAGCAAAAGGGAAAGUUGCUUGCUCAUUCAGAGGGUUCUUCCAAUGAUGGUGAUGGUAUUGCAAGCAGUAGAAGAAGCAUAUAUUUGAAGCAUAUCUUUGACGACUAAUUAAGGGAUUGAAAAUUUGUAUUGUGUAUAUUUGUAGUUAUAUCUUUAACAAAAAAAUAUUUAUAGCUGU